UCAAAAAUCACAAAACACAACGGCGUGCUUGCUUGCUUGCUUGGUGGGACUACACGUGUUGGCUUAAAAAUGGUUAAAAAGAAUCAAAUUAAGGCCGCGCAGAAGGAAACAAAAAGUGUGGCGAUUGCUGAGAAAUCAGGAGCCAUGCAAGUGGCGAAGAAAAAAGGCAACCAACAAAAGCGUACCGAGAAUGGCGGCGCAGUAAUGAAAACGAAAGGCAACAAGGUGGCCGCGGCUAAACCGGGGAAGAAAAUGAACGAAAAGCCAAACAAAAAACAAUCCGCUCAGUCGGCGGCGCAGCAGCAGGAUGAGGAUGAUGCGAUGGGGGAGAAAACGGCCGUACCGGCCAAGGUGUCGAAGAAAGCGGCCGGCAACGGGGACUUGAUCACGGGCGGUACGACCAUUGACCAGGUCGCCGGCAUCAACCUGCAGAAGAAGACAAAAAAGAGCCGCAAGGUGAAGCAGCGCGAAAAGCUUGGCACCAAGGGGGCGAAGGCACCGACCAAGUCGAAUGAGAAGCUACAGAAGGAAGCGCUCGAGUAUCUGGACACCUGGGGCAAGAACCGGCAGGAGUGGAAGUUUAGCAAGCUGAAGCAGAUCUACAUCCAGGAGCACGUGUUCGACGAUUCCUUCAUCGGCGAGGAGGCGUGGCCGAUCGCGGUGGAAUAUUUGAGCAAAACGCAGGGCUUCGCCAGGGACCUGUUGACGGCUAAAGCGAAAGCCAUUAUCAAGAAAGGGGAUGUGAAUAUGAAGGUGCAGGAUAGCGCUAACUACAAGCGUGCCCGGGAACUGCUACAAUGUUUGGGAUGAAGGCGAGAGAGAAAUUUACUAAAAUAAAAAUAUAAAAAAACAUCAUGCCCGCAGUGGCAUGUGGAUUACA